CACAUGCGCAGUGCGAUCGGAUCGGACCCACUGUGCAACGUGGGGCUGUUGACGACAGCAGCAGCAGGCAGAGUCGCAGCAGCAGCAACAGCAACGAUCGCAAGUCGCGACACGAGCAAAGCGAACGGAAAGGUGUGCGGACCAGGGGGCGGGGGAGCGAAGAGCAAGUGACGAACUUACGGCCAACAGCAGCAGCAGCAACAACAACAACGGCAACCGGCCUGUUUGGAGCAGCGCGCAUGCCACACACAGUUUAAAUAUGUGAAAUUAGUACAAAUCGUGAUUUCAACAGCGAACGACGAGCGGCGAACGAGCGUCGACGAAGUGGCGACAACCAAAAAAGAAAAGCACGAGAGAGGAGCAGCAACAGCAGCAGCAGUAAUAGCAAAAGCCACAGGCAACAACAGUGGCAGCCACAGCAACAACAACCGAUAGAAAAGCAGCAGCAGCCCAACUCACCUCAGCAACAAAAGCAAGAAACAAAACUGAUAACACCAGCUGGAAUAUCAGAUGAUUCACCAACAACAACAACAGCAGCAGCAACAAAGCGGCAGGAGCAACAACAGCUGAUGCCACAACGGCAGCACAAAGAGCCACACCAACGGUAACGCAACUCAACACAAUAGAAACAUUGGAAAUAAUAUUUACAACAACACCAUUAUCAAGCACUUGAGAUACCACAACAGCAAAAAAAACACCUGUAACUGAUUACGAAUUACACCAAUAACAAUUACACCAACGCCAACCGGUACACCAAUAGCUACUAUAUCGAGAACUUUCAACCAGAGCAAUUUUAGUAGAAGUAGCCGCAACAUUAAUAAUAAUUACACCAACAUUUAUACCAAUAGAGGCGAAACACCAGCAAAAUACAACAACUGAACCUUUUGUUGGUGUGCUCUCUAUAGGGGCAACAACUACAACGGCAGCAGCAACACCACGUCGCACAUCGGUGGCGACCACAACAACAACAUGCAAUAAAACAGCUGAUAGCGACAGCAGCAGCAGCAACAACAAAGCCUGCCAUUAUCAAGCGAGCAACAACAGGUCGCGCGCAAAAAAAAAAACAAAAAGCCCGCCUGCUGCAGCACUCACACACACACAGGCAUACAGAAGAGCGGGUGUGCGAGAGAGAGAGGCAAAGACAAAGUCGCACACCUUUACCUUUGCGUUGAUUUUGGACGUCGCAACUGAACAACUGACGCUUCGCGCUCGCUCGCUCGUUCUCGCUCUCCGUGGGACACGCGCGCUCUCUCUCUCGCACAAAGUGCAGCUGAGCUGCCGCCGCCGCACUUGCCGCUGCCACAAAUACAACACGGCCAGCUGAACGAACGCUCAACGCUCGCCGCCGCCGCUGCUGCCGCCAGUCGAAAGUCAAAAGCAACGUGUUGUGGACGCUUUUUUCGUCGCGUCGUUGCGUUGCGUUCUCUCUCUCUCUCUCACACUCCUUUUCCUACACACCAACACGCAGCCAACCGACACACCAGUACACCAAACCACCCAGACCCAAACCCACCACCCACCAACAACCAACCACCACCCACCACCCCGAUCCCGCGCGCAGGCUGGGAAAAACUUUCACCAUUACCAACAACAACAACAAUGUCCAGCAGCGCAGCCGCAGCGCAGUUCAAGCUCGAUGCCAACUCCAAUGCCAUUGCUUUGAUAGCCGAUGUUGCCACGCUGCCACUCCCACUUUCGCCCACUGCAACAACAACAGCAACCACAACAGCGACGGCCGCACCAGCUGAUCGCGUCGAAUGGUCCCGCUCGACGAUCCUGAACUUCAUCGAGGACUAUCGGCGGCAGCGCGUCCUCUGGGAUCCCAACACCAAAGGUUACCAUAUCAAACAGACCAAAUACGAGGCACUCAAGCUGCUGAGUCAGAAAUAUGGCACGGAAAUACGAUCGAUCCGAUCGAAGAUCAAAUCCCUGCGCAGCUCCUUUCAUCGGGAGCACGGCAAGGUCCUGAGCGGACGAAGUCGCGGCGUCAUCUAUCAGCCCAUGUGGUUUGCCUACGAGGCCAUCCGAUUCAUACUCGAUGGCGAGCGGGAUCAGGAUCGGGAUCAGGAUCAUGAUCAAGAUGGCGAAACGGAAACGGAAGUGGACGAGAAGCUGGCCCUGAUGCACAGCCUGGAUCUGGAGCAGCUGAAGGCGGACAAGCUGGUGGACAGGGACAUCAUGCUGCAGGUGGAGCAGCAGCAGCAGCACGAAGAGCUUACCGCUCGCAUUGCGGCCACUGUAGCCGCCGUUGCUGCCGCAGCGGCGGUGGCAAACGCUCGAGAUCGGGAGCGGGAUGUGGAUACCGCUGGCGAUAUGGAUGCCGCUCGCGAAUUGGAACUCGAGGAGGCGGCGGUCAACGGUGCCCUGAUCGAAUCCUCCUCGGCGGCUGUGACACGUUCCUCUUCCGAUUUGGAUGGCGAGAAUUACUGCAACAUCAGCGCCGAGGAUGUGAAAACAGAAAUUAUCGAACACGAAUCGGAGCUGGGGCUGCUGGAUCGGCGGACGAGCACGCCGUCGCCCAUAAAUUACUACAAGCCGACGGACCUAACGUACAACCACCGCAAACGCAAGGCGAUGGGCGUGGAGCACGUUGUGGGCGCAUUGACAUUGACGCCCAUCAAGGUGGUGGGCGGUGCGGCGGGGGCGGGAGCGGGGACUGGCGGUUCCGCUGGCCACCACCAGCAGCAGCAGCAGCAGAUGAACCACAGCCAGCUCGCGUUUCAGGCGCUCCAGCAGCACUUUAGCCACAAUCACGGUCUCAGCCUGAGCCACUGCAACGGGCAACCGCAUCAGCAACAGCAGCACCACCAGCAACAACAACACCAGCCACAUCAGCAGCAGCAGCAACAACAGGCGUUGCAACUGCAGCAGCAACAGCAACAACAUUCCAGUAACAUGGCACAAAAACGUGAUCGUGAUCGUGAUCUCUCAACGUCAAAUGGCAACGGCAACGGCAAUAGCGGCAGCAACAGCAGCAACACCAACAACAACACCUCACUGGACCCAACUGCAACAUCCAGCAACUGCAGCUCGAGCAGCAACAACAGCGGCGCCACGCCCCCCAAGCCGCUCAUCGGGGGCGGAGGCGGUGGCGGCGGCGGCGGCCUGAGUGCCAAUCAUGUGGACGAAUAUGGGGUAUUCGGGGAAUACGUGGCCAUAACCAUACGCAAACUGAAGACGUCCAAGUCGAAGAUUGUGGUGAAGCACCUGAUCAACAAUCUGCUCUACGAAGCCGAGCUCGGGAAGUACGAUCAUGGGAUGCCGGCCAGCAAGGAGCCACCGCAGCUGUACAAUAUGCAAUGAAACUAGCAAAUACCAUGGGUCAGGAUUUUGGGAUAUUGGCUAAAUCCGACCAAAACAAAAAAACAUGUAGACAAACUACGAGGGGGGAAUAGGGGGAAAUGGGGGGAAAGAGACAACCAACGCACUAGUCAGCAAAGCAACAAUUGGUCGAAACCAGAGCCAAGAAUUCGUAGAACCAGGGGGCUUAAUUAGCAGGGGGAAAGCGAGGGGGGAAACGAGCAUUUCAUUCAGGGACAAUGACCAUAUAAGUACUUUAUCUAUAUACAUUUAUAAACACACAUGAACGAUAUCAGUGAGUAUAUCCGAAGUCAGUCAGUCAGUAAAAGGAGUGCAGUUGAAGUAGGGGUGAAACAAACAACAUACCAUUAAUUAAAUUGAAUUAAUUAUAAAUGCUUUACGUUAAACAGUGUAUUUCUAUACAUGUACGUAUAUAUAUAUACAUAUGUAUAUAUAUAUUUAUGUGCUACGGUUAUAAAUAUAUACUUUUUUAUGAUUAUCGUUUUUUGAUUUCCAGCAAGCGUUAUAUAUUUUUGAUUUUCGUUUUAUUAUAUUUACAUUUGGCAAUAACACUUUGAACUCAGGUGCCUUUAUUUUUUUUAGUCAAUUAAGCCUUGUUAUCUUAUGCAUAAAAGGGAAAGAGCAAACAAACGCGAAUUGAUUGCAAAAGUGUCUCUACAUGUAAUGCAAAUAAAUGAAGCCGUAACAACAUGUAAAUUUAAUUAACUUUUUAUCGCAUAUGCAAAUCCAUAUGUUUAAACUUAAUACUGUAAAUAGUCGAAAAAAAAAACAAAAAGGAAACACGAAAUGGAAAGGAGCAAACAAUGAAACAUGAAAUGUGCAAAUCUUAAUUUUUGUUAUGCAUAACUAAUUUGAAUCGAGCGAAGGGCUCCAAAUAAAAAUGCAGAAAUGUUGAAUUUCAUUUUGAAAAUGA